CACACAGGUGAGAAGCCAUUUUCUUGCUCUGAGUGCGGGAAAUGUUUUAUCCGGAAAUCACAACUUGUUAUACAUCAGAGAAGUCACACAGGUGAGAGGCCAUUUCCAUGUUCUGAGUGUGGGAAAUAUUUUGCACACAAAUCAGAUCUUGUUAUACAUAAGAGAAGUCACACAGGUGAGAAGCCAUUUUCUUGCUCUGAAUGCGGGAAAUGUUUUGCACAGAAAUCACAACUUGCUAGACAUCACAGAAGUCACACAGGUGAGAGGCCAUUUUCUUGCUCUGAGUGCGGGAAAACCUUUGCCCACAAAUCACAUCUUGUUACACAUCAGCGAAGUCACACAAGUGAGAAGCCACUUCCAUGGUCUGAGAAAUAAAUCCGCUCUUGUUGCACGCAAUGGACAUCACUCAGGUGAGGAACCAUUUUAGUCUUCUGGAUUAUACUAAUUGCCAUGCGUUGUUCUUUAAGGUUCUUAUCCUAUCUCCUAUGAUUUUUGCAAUAUACAUGCUACCACUGGGUAUAAUAAUCAGACGUCAUGUCCUCAUCUACCACUGCUAUACAGAUGACCUGUCUCUUGCUCCGGGUACUGAGAACCCAGU